GCCAAGGCGCUCCUGUAGUAACUCAUUCGUAAAUUACUCAUUGGCGGUAACGGACGUGUUUGAUUAGUUGCCUACGCUACAGGAGCGCGAAAAUUUGAAAAAUGGCAACUUUUUUCGAUACGAUCAAAGCGAUAAUAACUCGGCUGGUGUUUGCGUGUCACGGCCUAAUUGCAAUUUGGCAAGUUACGAUAUUUAAAAAGAACGUUUUCUUUUGGUACCUCAGCUCCCCGUUACUUCUGUUAUUUUUUGAGGGAAUUUUUACAUUGACGAUUAAGGAGAACCAAGAAUGGAAAUGGUUUUGCCCCUCAGUCUUCUUAUAUUUGGCAAGCAUAGUACCGGCAAUUUGGCUUUUAGAACUGGACAAAGUAGAUAGAAGGUUGAGAACGCGCGAGGAAAUGAUAAAUUUGACAGCAAACGCGGGAAAUCAACUGGCGCAACUGAACAACUUCAUAGGGGUACAAAUCCAACUCCCGGAAAUUAAUUUGAGCACCGAAACCUGGAUUAAUCUGAUAGAACAAUUUUUGAUGCUAAUUCUUAUUAUCGGAAGGUGGAUGCUACCGAAAGGCGAUCUAACUAGAGACCAAUUAAGUCAAAUUUUAUUGGUGUACAUUGGUACAGCCGCAGAUAUUAUAGAAUUUUUUGACUCUUUCAAAGACGACAAAGUAGCGUCAGAAGAGAUCCUAGUCAUACUAACUCUGUCAAUAUGGACCUGGAGCUUAAUGCAAUUUACAGUCGUAUUAACGGCUACAAAAUCAAGAAAAUCGCGAAUGUCCUCAACUGGACCAUCAAAAAAAUUAACAAAUCGAUGUUGCAAUAUUGACGUUUGGGGAAUCGCAUUAAACAUAAUACUCCAAGACGCUCCAUUUUUGGCGUUUCGUCUUUUAAUGAUAGUCCACUAUAAGAUCAUUUCGUAUAUGAACGUAUUCUUUACGUGCAAAAAUACGCUCGUUAUUGUUUUACAAGUGUACAGGUUGCACGUGGUCUACAGCGAAAACAAGCGAAUGUCGAAAACCAAAGAUUUCGAAUUGACGAGCAUUUCAAUUAUUUCCAAAUCGGACGUAUCCACUUAUCAAACUCCCAAAAAACAUCAACGUGUGCAAUCACGUAAAGAAAGAGUUCGGAAGAAUAGUGCUCCUGGCAAAGCAAAACCAAGUCGAAAGGAUACAGGGUAUUCAACCGAAAGUUCGCAUAAUAGCUCGAAACACAAAGUACGGCGAGAGGACAAAACGGCCCGACGCGAGAAACCGCAGAAGAAGGAAACGACGUCGGAAGACAAUUACUCUGAUUCAUCUCGUACCUCUGAGAAACCUAACGCGAGAUCAAAACGUCGAUACACGCGACAAUCGUCCACGUCUCCGUCGACAGAAUGACGUCAUCUCACAGCCAUAUUGGCAAUA